CUCAUGGAAGAUAGUUUCUCUCGCAUUUUCAUGUCGAGAGUAGUGUUGUUUGCAUACCUCCUCUAUUGCAGGGGCUUCUUGCCUUGUAUUGAUUGUUCUGCGAUGGCUCUGUUGCUAUGUCAACAAAGAAGUGUUUUAAAAUACCGUUUUAGAAACCUAUCAUCCUGUCUUCCAGUAUUAUGAACACCUUUGAAUUUUUGUUUCCAUUCCAAAGUUAAGAAAGUCAUAUUCUAAAUCUUUAUAUCAUGAAUACAAAAAUUAAUUCAAAUAAAAGCAUGUGGUUUUUAGGUUUGCCUCAUUUCUCUAAUAUCGUCAAUCAAUUAGACAACAGUGAUGGAGAUAUAAUUAUCCGCCGAGAACCCUCAACGUUUGACACAGUAAUUGGUUGUAUAGAAGACAUUCUAAUAGAUGACAAUUUCUCUAAUAUGCAGAAAAAUUUCCUGGAGAAGUAUUGGCAAACUUUUGAAAACAGCGAGGAAAACAAACUAUGUUAUAUGGACAUUUUCCAAGAAUAUACGAACAUGAUAGAAAUAUUCAUUGAGAAUGAACUAAAUAAGAAGAUUCCGAAUUUCUUUAUGCAGAGCUUCAUUCAGGAGUUGAUAGAACGGAAAAAUGACCUAGACGGAGAGGUAUUUGAAAUGCUGUUUACACUGACUGACUUCAUCGCAUUUAAGCAAAUGAUACUGGAUUACAAAGCAGUAGAUGAAAGAGGGGCAAAUCGGAGAUCUACACUCAGGAUUGAACAUCUGUUCUGUAAGAUUUUGAAGAGCUGGUCCUCAGAAUACACUACCAUAUCCCAAAGUAGUUAGAAAAUUUUAUACAAUUUUUUUGUUUUUUCACUGUUCUCACAAAUUUUUUCAGUUACCAGAAAAAAAUUAAAGUUUCAUUUGUAAA